UUUACUACUUCCUUUCAAAAAUAUGUAUUUUGAUACCAUACCAACUCUUUUCCCUUUACAACUUCCUUUCUUAGAAAGUUAACUAAAAAAUUAAAUUUCUCUUACUCUAAAGAAAAUACGUACAUUGUACCGUCAAAUACGCGUAUCUAUAUUUACCCGUAUUUCACGCCUACACCACGUGCCGAAAUUCCUUCCCCCCCGCGUCCACUUGGCGUGACACCAUUGGCUCCCCGAAGGAUCCCGACAAACUCUGCGCCAAAUACAAGUACAACUGUAUCUCGACACCCGGCCAACCACCUCACGCCACGUCAUACCCUGUUCGUACGACUUUCGACGUGGCGCCUCCUCAUUGGCUCCAUCGUCGCCUUCAAAUUUUGUAAACGGUUGCUCCGCUCUCUUUUUUUCUUCGUAAAAUCCCCAUUUCCUGAAAUAAAUAAACAUUUCUGUUUCCUUCAUUUCCUUAAAAAUAAAUCGUAGAGAAUAAAUCAAUCAGAGUAAUCGACAAAUCAUUCAAUUAUUUGUUUUCUAGAGAGAGAAAGAAUUCGUGAUGGCGGUGAAGAUGAGGAAGUGGUCGCCGUGGCCCCCGGCGAGGAAGUUCGCGGUGGCGAUGAGGCUAAUGAGGCUCGAGGUCAUGGCGGAAGACGGCGGCGGCGAUGACGAAGACGGCGGCGAUGGCGCGGCGGUGCAGAAAUUCGUGGCGAUCAAAAUCAAAUGGAAAGGCGAGCCGAAGUUUUUGCCGUUGAUGUCGCCGUUUCAGCCCCGGAAAAAAGUCGAGCGGUCGAGCAAUCGGGGCAUGAAGAAAGGCGGAGGAAUAGUUGAAUGGGACGAGGAUUUGUGGUUCGAGAACACGUGUUGUUUCUCAAUUGUCUCGGAUAAGAAAUUCGGGCCGUGGGAGGUCACCUAUAGUGUUAUAUGCGGGGAGAAGGCAGAUUCGAAGGCAAAAAUGGCGGUGAUCGGAGGAGUUUCGAUUAACAUAACUGAAAUAGUUUCGAAAAUGGAGAGUUCUUCCAUUGAGGAGAAGCUUCAUCUAAAUUUGCAAAUUGAUGGAAUUGCUAGAGAAGCUGCCCUCACGAUGGUGUUCAAAUGUGUUGAAAUCAGAGAAUCCCAUAAUUCGGCAGCACCAAGCCGAUCGAAAUCCAUCGAUUCGAAAUGCUCAUCGGUGGAUGAGAUAAGAGACAAGUCAAGGAGGAGAUCAUUGAGCCUAGAAGAGGCAUGUUUGGACGAGCCGGGUGUGCCGGAAUCGAGGACCUUGGAGCCCGACAAAAAAGACCGAUGGUUUAGUUGGAAGAGCCGACGAUUUAGUUUCAAACGAGCUAAGACUAAAGAGGAGACCAGGGUUCAAUCAGCUAGCCUUUCUUCAACAAACUCAUUGCAGAAAGAAGAUGGCAGUUCAGAAACAGCAAACAAAGACAAAGCAGUUUGUAAAUGGGAAGACAAGGAGUUGAUGAGCAGAGAUGGUCAAGCACAGCUCAAGGCUUCGUUUUUCUUCGCCUCGUUUGACCAACGGAGCGACAAGGCGGCCGGGGCGAGCGCCUGCACAGCCCUAGUGGCCGUGAUAUCCCACUGGCUCCACUCGAACCCGAACGCCAUGCCAGGGCGGUUGGAGCUGGACGACCUCAUAAUGCAGGGCUCGUCAGAGUGGCGGAAUCUGUGCGAGAACGCCGCCUAUGUCAAGGACUUUCCCAACAAGCACUUCGACCUCGAGACCGUCCUCAGGGCCGACAUCCGACCGGUGUCCAUCUCCCGCAAUGAGUCGUUCGUUGGGUUCUUCGGGGCCGAGACGUUUGACUCGCUGAAGGGGGCCAUGUCGUUCGAUGUCUUAUGGGACGAGAUCCGCGGCGACACGGCGCCGAGGAUAUACAUCGUGAGCUGGAACGACCAUUUCUUCGUGCUGAAAGUCGAGGCAGACGCGUAUUACAUCAUCGACACGCUGGGGGAGCGGCUCUAUGAGGGGUGCAACCAAGCAUACAUGAUAAGGUUCGAUGAAAAGGCUGUGAUUCAGGUGCAUAAGCCGGCGGCCAAAACAGCGGAGAGCAAGCAAAGCAUGGGCAAAGUCGAGGUGAUAUGCAGUGGGAAAGAAUGUUGCAGAGAGUUCAUAAAGAGAUUUCUCGCAGCCAUACCGUUGACGGAGCUCGAGGAGGAGGAGAAGAAGAGCACCGUCUCUUACUUUUGUCUCCAUCAACGGCUGCAGAUAGAGUUCAACUACAGCUGCUUGAUCUCUCCCACCUCAUCCUCCUCGACGCCGUCUCCCCUGUCUUCCCUAACCACAUCGGCAUCGUCUCCUUUCUCCGAUUGACUGUAAAUCCAUGUUUACAAUAAAACAUACUCAUGUAAUACUCAUCAAGAGAGCAAUAAAGGAGUCAUGUCUUAAAGUUUGAAGACGAUUUGUUCAA